AAAAAACCUCUUCCCAAUCCGUCUCUUUCUUUAUCCAUCUAUCAAGCAGCGUUGUUAAUUAACACAGCGCGAAAGAGAGAUUAGAUAUUAGUAUUAUUAUCACUCAUAGAUUCUACAAUCAAUCGAUCAACCAUCAAUAUUAGGAUUAGGGAAAGCAGCAGCAGGAGCUCCUCCUCCUCCUCCUCCUCAAUCCCAGCAAGAUCAGCAGCAACGGCAUAUGGGAUGGACUAACAGAGUCCAGCAAUAGAGAUAUGGAUCUGGAUGAAUGACAUAAGUAUCAGCUGGAGAGUGUUCCUAGUUCAAGUUUCCUACAUAAAAACUCAUUAGUUAAUGAUCAACAUUUAGAUUGUGAAGCUAUGACAAUGGAUCCCAUCAAUGGAGGGAACAGUCUCAACAACAAUCCUAAUCUUGCCUCAAAGCAACGAUUGCGUUGGACUCAUGAGCUUCACGAACGCUUUGUUGAUGCUGUGGCUCAGCUUGGUGGGCCAGAUCGGGCUACACCUAAAGGUGUUCUCAGAGUCAUGGGUGUGCAAGGCUUAACAAUUUACCAUGUUAAAAGCCAUUUACAGAAAUAUCGACUUGCAAAAUACCUUCCCGACUCCUCAUCCGAUGGGAAAAAAGUGGACAAGAAGGAAACAGGGGAUGUGCUUUCCAAUUCGGAUGGUUCUUCUGGAAUGCAAAUUACAGAAGCACUCAAGCUGCAGAUGGAGGUGCAAAAGCGUCUACAUGAGCAAUUGGAGGUGCAGAGACAGCUACAAUUACGCAUAGAAGCCCAAGGGAAGUAUUUGAAGAAGAUAAUUGAAGAGCAACAACGAUUGAGCGGAGUUCUUGAAGAUGUGCCUGGUUCAGGGGUCUCUGCCCCAGUAUCAGGUGACAACUGCCCAGUAUCUGACAACAAAACAGACCCAGCAACCCCUGCCCCAACUUCUGAAUCACCCCUCCAAGACAAGGUUGCCAAGGAAUGUGCCCCAACAAAGAGCCUUUCAAUUGAUGAAUCAUUCUCCUCUCAGCACGAGCCAUUAACACCAGAUUCACGUUGCAAUACUGGUUCCCCAGCAGAGAGCCCUAGAGGUGAGAGGUCACUGAAGAAGCAAAUGGUAAGCAUGGGUGUAGCAUUUGGUAAACCAGAGAUGGUUCUUACACACCAGAUAUUGGAGUCGAGCUUAAAUUCCUAUCCACAACCGCACUCUGCCUUCUUGACCAGAGAGCAAUUCGAUCCUUCAUCUGGGUUAUCAAUGGGAAACGAAGAUCAAUCGGAGGUCUUAGGCAGUGACCUUUAGUUUUACUGGCUGCAUGAUGUGUACCCUUGUUGAAUCUUUUCACUUUGCCUUGUCUGUAAUUUUAAACGUAUUUUUAAUCCGGUCAAACAAAUUGAUGGUAGAUGUUUGGAGAUGAUUAGGUUCAGCUAAACGAAAAGCAAUAUAAAUGAGGGUGAAUUUGGUUAAGUAA